CACCAACAGUCUUUUAGGCGAGAGUAUCAACGCUUCUACAGUCGCAAGGCUGGGCUAGACGACGUAACCACUGUGUACAUUCGGUGGCUGGCCUUGCUGUUCAUCGUACUGGCAUUUGGCACCUUAUUGGAUUGUCCGCGUAAUGCACGUCCCGAAGUGCAGCGUGAAUAUGAAGAGUCGUCGAUGAGCCUCUUUUGGGCCUGCCGCAAAGCGAUCGUAAUCGCGCCGUCUUUCUAUGGUGAAAGCACCGAUCUUGUCCGAGCUGGCAUCCUGGUCACUAGGUUCUGCGUCUUCAGCCAGCGCAUCACCGAAAGCUGGCUUACGGUUGGUUUCGCUGCGAGGCUGGCCAUGGCGCAAGGAUUGCAUAUCGAUGGCACUUAUUGGAAACUACCUCGUCGAGAGACUGAAUCUCGCCGCAGACUCUGGUGCCAGCUUUAUCUUCUCGAUCGGAUGAUCUCCUCAGCGCUUGGUAGACCAUAUUGCAUCACUGAUAGCCUGUCGCUUCCACACGAGCCGGAGAAUGUCUUCCUGGACGACCUUGACGAUGAUGCAGCUGAAACUGUUCAGCCCGAAUGCCUUGCAGACAGUCCAACCCCCAGCGUUGUGGCCACCUUCUCCUAUCGCCUCGCCAAAGUGAUCGGCCAGAUCCAUGAACAAACUUGUGGAUUACGAGCCGUCUCAUAUCGACAGGUUAUGGCGCUUGAUGCUCAACUCCUGGAAUGGAAGCGAAGUCUGCCAAAGUACCUCCUUAUGGAACGCCCUGACAAGUCUCGAGAUCAGACCCAGAGAUUUCUGCAGUGGCAUAGGGUCUAUCUCCAUACUUCCUACCACUUCGCUUGCGUUAAUCUGCACCGACCCUUCGCCUGGCGUACGUCCGUUACCGACCAAUAUCGAUACAGUCGGGAGGUCUGCUUCAAUGCAGCCUGUGCUGAUAUGAAGACACGACUUGAGCACGACGACAUCAGCGGCACCAUUGAUCACUCCUCCUGGUGCCUUGGCGUCCGUCAGCUUUUCAAUAGUGCUAUUGUGCUGGGCAUGUUGGCCAUUCAGGAGCAGUCCCGGGGCUCGUACGAUUCUCAAGCGAUCGUAAAUGACCUCCAAUCUUUCUGGGACAAGGAAUAUAGUGAGAUCUGGGUCAAUGAGUUUCGGCUGGCCAAGGUCAAGGUCAUAGAGCUCUGCAUUGAUCGCUUGAAGAAC